CUUCAUUCCGUUCUCAGCUCUGAGGCCUGCCACCUCCCCUCUCAAUGGCCGGAUUCGUUUGAUCUCUUUGCCAGCCUCUUCAAUUCGGUGCUUCCCCCGCACAGCGUUUGAAGCUGCCCAAAGUCACCCAAAGUCGGAACUCACUUGUCGCCACUUUCGUCAAUUAUCUCAGGAUUUCAUCACCGCCUCCGUGAUAUAUCCGUGAGAUUCAUCUCACAAAUUAGACUGUUUAUCAGCCCCUGAACCACGAAACAACAAAUCGAGGGCCAACCAGCGACCCCAAUGUCGGGGUCCGCCGCUUCUCCGUCGGCAAGCCAGGCUCGGCGCUGGCAGAGUGCGCAGGGCAAAUUCGAGAACGACAUAUGGUUUUGCGCCUGCGACCCCCCGAUGCAAGCGUCAUUUCUGCAGGUGCAGAAGGCAGGAAACAACAAAGGGCGAUGGUUUUACACCUGCCAGAUGCCCCGCGAUAAUCAAUGUGGGUUCUUCCUGUUCGAAGACGGUGCGCGGGUGUUAGAGAAGAGGGCGCAGGGAGCGGAGAAGCGAGCGGAGCCGUCUGUCUUCAAUCGGCCGGCCCAAACGAACACCGCAGGCCCGAGCAACGGCUCGGCCGCGGGUAACAGGUUGCCUACAGGCAACAACAUUCAGAGGGCGAACAAUUACAACCUCGCUCGUGUUACUCGGUCCGACACGCCGCUCUCGGAGGCUGCCUCGUUCGUCACCGGCCCACUCUACUCCCCCGCCACCAGCGUGUUUCCCACGCCAGCCCCAAGACGGGGUAUCUUCCGCGGCAUUCCGCGUCUGGGGGACAAGUCGUGGAGUUCGGACGAGGAUAGCGAUGUCACGGCAGACCGACCGGCAAAGUCCCCAGCAAAGUCCCCGGCCAAAUCGCCGGCGAAGCACCAAUCCAACCUCAACCAAUACCUCGGCCUAUCCACCCCGGCAUCGAAGCGAAAGCGGUCCGGCGCCGACGACGGAGCCGCUCGGCGCAGCAGUGGUAGCACCAGAAACGCCGCCAUCGAAAUCACCUCCGAUAUCGACUCGGACGACGCCGACCAACUCGUCGAGCUAGCCGACCAGACGGCGCGGCAGCACCAGUCUGCCAACGGCCCCGCUGACAGCCCCAGCACGGUACGAGGCAGCAGCCGUCCCGGGCUCGGCGGCCUGCCCACCCCCGAGACGGGCAACAGCUUCAUCAGCACAUCCUCAGAACCAUCCGGCGCCGCCAAACGCUUCAAGAACGCCCAAGGCCUCGCCGCACCCCCCACCCCAACACCCACCCGCAACCGGAACGCAGCAGCAGCACCACCCCAAGGCCAAACCAAACCCGGAUCAGGAACAGGACCACCAGCAGCAGAAACAGAAGACGACGAAGAAAUCACCACCACCAUCACCACCCUCCUCGCCACCGUCCACCACCCGCCCAUCCCGCCCGCCAUCCGGCGCGCCGUGCGGGAGACGCUCAACGCGCACGCGCGGCGGGCGCGCGGGCUGGAGCGCGGGCGCGACGGCCUGCGCGACGCCCUCCGCGCCCGCGACGCCCGCAUCGCCGACCUCCAGGCCCGCGUCGCCCGCCUCGAGACGGAGAGGCGGUUGAGGCAGGAGGUGCUAAGGAGUGAUCUGCUGCAGGCGCUGUCGCAGGAGGUGGAGGGUGGGGGUGGGAAUGGAGGUGGUGGUGGUGGUGGUAAUGGGGGGAAUGGGGGUGGUGUAGGUGUAGGUGGAGGUGGGGGUGGGAAUGGGAAUGGGAAUGGGGGGGAGGAGUGAUGUGAUGGUGGCGCGGAGAAAUGGGGAAGAGGAGUGAUACAUACUGGUGAGGGAGGACGAUGGGAGGGGAGGCCGGGAGUGAAGGAAUAAAGCGUGAUAAGUGGAUGGGCAUGGGGGCUUUUGAGGGGAUGAUCGACCGGGCAAGGGCUUUGAAUUUAACUGGUUUCUUCUGGAAUUGUUGCUAUUUGGGAGUUCAGGAUGGGAGACUAGGAAACGGGCACGCAUUGUCGAGAUGGAGCAUAGAGAGGAGUGCAUCUGGGAUCUGUGGUUGUUGUUUAGUUUAGGUACCUACGGUCUGCAACGGGUGUUUCCCGGAAUUUAUUGUUUCUCGCACCGGGCACUGCAGGUUCGAAAUGACCCCUCCUCAACUUGAAUUACAAGUAUAGUGUA